AUGAAAUAUAAACGAAAAUUUAAUAAGGAAAAUAUUAACACUAUUAUAGCUGAACUCUACGGAAAAGAUUGGGACUAUUCAACAACAGAUGUGGACCUAUUAUAUGAAAAGUUUAUGAAAAAUAUUACAGAAACUGUAAAUAAAGUGGUACCUCUUGAAAAAACUCAAACCCGCAAACAACCGUGGAUUAAUAGGUUCGUAAUCCAAGCCUCAAGAGAUAGGGACGAAGCUUAUAAAAAGUUUAAAAUAACCAAAUUAAAUUCAGACUGGAAUCUGUAUAAGAAAAAAAGGAACAUUUACGCUCGUGUUAUUCGAAACGAAAAGAAAAAAUAUUAUUAA